GGCUGCUCCGCUUGAGUUCGAGCCCGGGGUAAACCCUUGAGGGGGGCUACCGAGGCUGCGGGGGACGGGAGACCGAACCGAGGGGCCGACCGGCCGACCAGGAGAGGGCCCCGUCGGGCUGGAGACUGGAGAGCCCCUUUCCGUUUGUCGCAGCCUGGGGCUCGGGUAAAGGGCUUCCAGGUCAAAGGAGGCGCCUUCUUCCUUCUGAGAUUCCUCCCCAGCUUGUGUAUUGUACCUGUACUAUUUUUUCACCCUUGUCCCCAUAAUGACUGCCUUGUGCCUAAAGAAGCUAAUGGGUCAGGCCAUAAGAAAUGAAACUAAUUUCAUCACUAGAUGUUUUGCCAGUUUUUGGCCACAACCAGUACACACCACAGUGAUCUCUUACACAUGGUUAGAACUGGAGCAUUCUAAAAGAGGAUUUAUCUCUGUUCUUACAAAAGCGUUCUGUACAUAUGAAGAUGACAAGGAAAAGGUGAAAGGAAAGAAAGUCAACCCCAAUGCCAGGAAAACCAUCAGAAGUGUUGGGAGGAAAAUCCCUUAUCGACUUAUUCACAUAAUUGAUGAGAAUGGUGAGGACCAGGGGACAAUGCACAGAGCAGAUGCCAUUCAAAUCAUGAAUGAAAGGGGGGUGAAACUUGUCCUGUUGAAGGAGACAGCAGACCCUCCAUUGUACAGACUAAUGAGUGGUCAGCAGAUUAAAGAAGAGCGCCUCAAACUAAGAGACAAGCAGAAAGCUAGCUCCAAAAAUGGACUUGUUCAGCAGAAGGAAUUAACUUUUACCACAGUUAUUGCACAGCACGAUUUAGAUAUCAAGAUAAAACAAAUUCAGAAAUGGAUUGAAAAGAAGCAUAACAUCAAGGUUACUGUGCAGCAAAAGAAAAUUGCUGAUGGACCAGAAAAGAUGCUAGAGUUAUUUGAGAGGAUUUUAGAGACCAUGCCUGGGAAAGCUACUUACCUCUCCCCACCUCGUAUUCGAAAAGAAGGAAGAAGUAUGUGCAUAUAUAGACAUAUGUCAGAGAAAGAAAUCCAGACAUAUAAGCGUACAGAGAAAGAAAAAAACACAGAAAAGGACAAUGAAAGGAAAACUACCGAAUCAGGUCUUCUCAAGCAGUGAUUAUUUUAUUUUUCUACAAAAAGUGGAAACAUUUCAAAGCAAAUACAGUUUCCUGUACUGACUACAAACUUACCAACAGUGACAUCAUAAAGCCAUUCAAGUGCAUGAAGCUCAUCUACAACUCUAGUCUAGACACAGUGUUUCAACAUUUGGCAGUGUGUUCUCCACAUGGUUUUGUGUGGUUAAAGUCUCAUCCAUUGACAGUCCACUUCGCUGUGCUUUAGGUGGGAUGUAGCCACUGAGGCGAGAGGCCAGACUUCGCUUUGGACGCUCUUUCUAGCAUUGAGAAAGAACACAACACUGUAUUCAGUUAUUAAUUCUAUCAGAAAGAGAAAGCUUUAAAGAUUUCUAAAAAAAUGAUGUUUUGUACAUUUAUGGGUCCUCCCUUGGCCAAAAGACUGAAAAAUAAAAUAUACGUGAUGCGAUUAUUUGAAA